AUGCGCUACCCAAUGAGCGACAUCCGCAAGGAGUUUGACAAGAAGUACAACCUGGCCCCCACUGACAUUGAGAGUUUGGUCGAGGAGCUAAAGCCACUGCGCAUCGAGCGUCGUGUCUACGCUGAGGGCUCACACAACCGUCGCGACUAUUGGACAUUCGCAUUGAAGCGCAUCUAUCCCGGCAAGCCAUAUCAACCGUCGACGGUCAACAGCAGCGAGAGCGAGGUCAAAGUCGACUUGUUAAAAAAGAAGGUCGAUACCUGGCUGAAGAACAAGUCGAUCAACACCAUCCUCCCCAUCGCGCGUCCCUACUACUGGACGUACGAGGUGGAGCACGAGUCCAAAGAGAUCGAGAUUGGUGGCAACCAUAACAACAAAUCAGCCUUCAACCCGCGCAACAAUGUCUCUGGCGACAACAGUGAACUGGUCGAUUGA